AUGCGAUUAGGAAUCCAAUCGUUAUAUCAGGAAUUUGCGGACGUUCUCGAAUCCGACAGCGCAGUGCUCUGCCGGAGCCUAGUGCAGAAAAUCCGCCCUUCGGGGGAUGAUGGCUUUGGUCCGGUGUCUCAAAGGACCUGGCGAUUCGAAAAUUGGAUGAGCAAUGAUGCCGAGUUUAUAAUCCGCCUUACUGAAGCUGGCUUCUGUCCUCGGAGCUUCUAUUUCCUCCGUAAGCGAUUAGGGAAGUGCCUACGAGAGCUCCUGAAGCGGCAUGUGGACGAACUUCGCAUUGAAGUGCCCCUCUCAACAUACGCGUUCUGCAUUGCUGACCCAUACGGAGUCUUAAAGGAGGAUGAAGUUCAUUUUGGCUUUUCGAACAUCUGGCGCGAUGGAAAGGGGCAAUAUGAAGAUAUUCUACUAGAUGACAUUGAUGUCCUCGUCGGCCGUCUUCCCGCCCAUCUGCCCUCUGAUAUCCAACGCCGGAAGGCAGUGUGGAAUACAAAGCUACGACAUUUCAAAGACGUAAUUGUCUUUCCCAGUGUUGGCAACAUACCGUUGGCACAUAUGCUCUCUGGUGGUGACUACGAUGGCGAUACACCUUGGAUUUGCUGGGACCAGAACGUCGUCCAAAACUUCAACAAUUCUAAGUUGCCAGAUACAGAGUUUCCACCGGAGUAUUACGGACUCACCAAGUACGCUGUAGACAUGGAACACAUCCAAUCCAUGGAUGAGUUCCUCCAGAGCUCAUUCACAUUCAAUUUGACCCUGUCAAACCUAGGUCGCUGUACCGUGGAGCAUGAGAUGAUCGCCUACGACGAGGAGUCAAUCGACUCAGACAAAGCGAAGGAACUCGCCUGUCUCCUCAGUCACCUAGUCGACGGCCGCAAAGCAGGAGUCCACCUAUCCGAACAAGCAUGGCGGCAAUAUCGCAAGAAGAUCAGCCCCCGGGCACGCGAACUUCCCGCAUACAAGAAGCCCGGCCGGAGACCCAAGAAAUCCAACAUCAUCGAUUAUCUCCGGUUCGAAGUCGCCACGCAGGAGCGGGACAAGAUGCUUACCAAGCUCGAGGCAGAAUUUCCAGAAGAGGAGGCAUCCUUCCGCAAAGACGAAGACCUGACACGGCCCUGGCGUACGAUCCGCGAAAAGAUCAAGAACGAAGGCCAACGCGGUCAGCUAUUCGCCGCCGCUAAGGGCAUAAGAGAAAAGAUCAGAAAACUCUACAUCCAAUGGAACAUGGCUAUUUCCCGAAGUCAGGACUCAUUCUCCCCUCACGCGCUGGACGCUGCAGGAGAGGCCAGAUCCAUUCCUCCCCCGGAAGGCGAUCACCCUUUGAUACUGGUCUGGCAGCACUGCCGUGACGUAUGGCUCCGGGUCCUUGCAUCUUACACAUAUAACGAAUAUCCGCGCGCCAGCUUCGUUAUGCAUGCCUUUGGCGAGGUCCUCUGCCAGAUCAAAUCGAGCAACCUACCGGCACGAUCAGUGACGUCGGAGAUUCUUUCUUGCUACCGUGUCAAUCAGAAGGUGGUUGCUCAGCUUACCGCACAGGAUGUGGUUGAGGAAGGUGAAGAGAGGCUAGACGGGGAAGAUGAAUAUGAGGGGCACGAAGCGAUUGAAGCGAUGCAUUUUGGGAUGCGGUCGUCUGGCGGGUACUUUGAUCCGGAUGAUUGCUUGUCUGUGGAGUGA